AAUGCUGCAGCCACUGAGAGGAUUACAGCAGAAUAGGAGAGCUGUGUCUGCGCUCUCAGACUCGCUGCAUGGAGGGAAGAUCUAGGGCGAGAAAAGGAUUUAUUUUCCAGUGAGGGAAGCCACAUAAACGUUGAGGGUUCCCUGGCUGAGACCUAUCGACUGGGCAGCGAUCGAGCAGGCUCCUCCUUAACCAUCUCAAGAAUCGGUCCAAAGAAAAGGACAAAAACAACAGACCGAGGCUACGAUCUGGAGAAGUCAAGAAAAGGGGGAAUUGAAAUCCCCAGGCAUGCAAAACUAAAAGUUGCCACACUGAGACUGUUUCCAGGUCAUAGUGGAGUGGGAGGAGACUGAACUGCUCUUGUUUUUUCUGCCAAACACCCUCCUCUUUAAUGCUGUAACCUAUUUUCUUUCUCAUUGACAUCUGCUUGUUAAGCCUGAGGAAUCUAAUUUUCUUCUAAUAUAGACUCAGAAAUAACCUAGAGGCUUAAUUGACAAAUGAGAGCACAAGCAAGCAGAAAAUACUGAUUAAUUUCAGGUGAGGGGAAAUACACUCUGGACUCUUUUAUAUUUAUGUUACCUUGACAGCAGCCAGACAUCUUGGCUGCCCGUCCUAUUUUCUUCCUCCGUGGUUCGGUAACCAAGCGAUGGCCAUGGUGAGUGGGGGCUGGGGAGAUCCCAAUGGGGGCACAAACGGGUUAGGGGAAAAGAGCUACCUGAGGGGGGAGGAGGAGGACGGCUCUCCCCAGGCGGGAGGCAGCGACAUGGAGGCCGGAGACGAUGACAAGUCCUGCGUGGUGGACUGCGUGGUGUGCGGGGACAAGUCCAGCGGGAAACAUUACGGAGUGUUCACCUGCGAGGGCUGCAAGAGCUUCUUCAAGAGGAGCGUGCGACGAAACCUCAGCUACACUUGCAGGUCGAACAGAGAAUGUCAGAUUGACCAGCACCACAGGAACCAGUGCCAGUACUGUCGACUGAAGAAAUGUUUCCGUGUUGGCAUGCGCAAAGAAGCAGUUCAACGCGGUCGCAUCCCACCUCAGCCGAGCCUCAGCCCCUCCAUCACGCCCUUAGGAGGCGCCAGCGGCCUUGGAGGUGGCGACUUCUAUAACAACAACAACAACAACGGAGGCAGUGGCGGAGGACAGCCGGUGUCAGAGCUCAUUUCUCAGCUCCUGCGAGCCGAGCCGUACCCCAGCAGUCGGUUUGGACACCAGUACAACCAGCAGGCCGGUCCGGAUAACACCAUGGGGAUCGAUAACAUCUGUGAACUGGCUGCCAGGCUACUCUUCAGCACUGUGGAGUGGGCCAGAAGCAUCCCUUAUUUCCCUGAGCUACCUGUGUCAGACCAGGUUGCCCUGCUGAGGCUGAGCUGGAGCGAGCUGUUCAUCCUCAACGCGGCCCAGUCGGCCCUGCCGCUCCACAUGGCUCCCUUGUUGGCUGCAGCCGGCUUCCACUCCUCGCCCAUGUCGGCGGAGCGCGUGGUUUCCUUCAUGGAUCAGGUGAGGGUGUUCCAGGACCAGGUGGACAAGCUGACCCGGCUGCAGGUGGACUCUGCUGAGUACAGCUGCCUCAAGGCCAUCGCGCUGUUUUCACCAGACGCCUGUGGUCUAACAGACCCGGUCCACGUGGAGUCUCUGCAGGAGAAGGCUCAGGUGGCUCUGCAGGAGUACGAGAGGAUGCAAUACCCGAGUCAGCCUCAGCGCUUCGGACGCCUGCUCCUGCGCCUCCCGGCCCUGCGCGCCGUUCCCGCCAGCCUCAUCUCGCAGCUCUUUUUCAUGCGCCUGGUAGGAAAGACACCCAUCGAGACACUGAUCCGUGACAUGCAGCUCUCCGGAAGCUCAAUCAGCUGGCCGUAUGUCCCAGGACAGUAGCCCGAUUACGGACGAGGUCUACGUCUGGGAUUAGUGACGACAAGGACCCACAGGAAACCUCCUGACUCAUCACUAUCCAUCUGUGUGGUUAUCAAAGCAGUGCCAGCUGGCCGUCAUAUGUACUGUACUGUAACCGCUCUAUUCCCCGUCAUGAAAUGAGCCCUCUGUCUCCACACGGGCCCCCACUGAAGAGGGGAGCCCGUGCCAGCCUGGAUCUGUCUUGUUGCCAGCCCAGUCGUUCUGGUGCCAGGUCUCAGGCCAGAGAGCAGCUUUUCAUGCUGGGCUCCGAUAUGGCCACCACAGUCAGUCAUGCCACCACCCACAUGCCAUAGUGACUAAAGACACUUCAGUUUCAUGUAGAGGGCAGCAGCACCCCGCUACAAACGCAUCUAGAGGACAAAACUGUCCCGCCGCUGAACGUCAGCAGAACAAUUUUCCCCACACUGGGCUCAUUUUCCAUGGCUCACCAUUUAUGAUACAGUGACCUUUUUAUCCACACUGAAAACAUUACAAUAUCAUUGUUAGAAUGGAUCUAAUUGAACAGUGGUGAACUGAAUAAGAGACAAAGUAAAGGCCUCAUUGUUGAAGUGAAACUUCUGAAUUCAAAGCUCUCUUAGCUCAACACUCACGAAGAAGCCAAGGAACCGAUCAAAUGGUACCAUAAAGAAAGCAAAACCAAGGAAAAAUCACCAAAGUCUAUCACUUCAUCCUCAGAUGGUUUCUAAUUAGAAUAAUUAGUACACAAAGCAGAGAGAGAUGAACUAACUCUUUUGACUGCCUUACCAUCAAGUGAACAAUGCAUUUAAAUUCAUUCACAGGGCUCGCUGUUGCUGUCGUAAAGCCACAGCUACAUGAGAGUGGACUUAUACCUCACUAGACAUCAGAAUGCUUCAGUCUGAUGUUUCCUAAACACAAACCUCUGUAAAUGUUUUUCACCAGAAACCGCCUUCUUUUUGACAACUGCCUUGUUAUUCAUUAUGAAUUUGGGAUGAGCAUCACAAACAUUUGUCUUGUAUCUUUUUAAAAAAAGAUCCCCAAAGUGAUUUUCACUAGUGUUUUGAAUAUGAGUUUUGACUGACUGAAUUAUGGCAAACUCGGCUAUAAAGCAUUGUUUGGAUCAAGCUUUUUUUUAUUAUUGAGAAAUGGCAGGCUGACAUCAACUCGGGUUCUAGUAAAACAAACAACUCAAGAUAUAUAAAUUGGUUAAAGUUGGUGGUGAGAGAGUUAAUAACCAACACUACUAAUAAAAUACCAGUUUAUGUCAAUCAAUGCUGUUUCUGGGGGUAAUGAUCCCUUGAAAAAUGUAUUGAAAUGUAUAUAUUGAGGCCAACUUUGUCUUUUUUGCAUGUUCAAAUGUUGUUUUGGAUCUCUGCUAAGUGGAGACGUGUUUCAUUCUUUUACAUUAUGUAAUUCAAGGUUCAUUUAAACAUUUAAGUAUUGCUUUCACUGUUUUCUCCUAAAUGUUGUUUUUUUCUAUAUGUAUUUACAUAAAAAUACCUCUGUCAUCUGUUUAGAUGUCAAAAAAAGGAGCUUAUUGUCAUGCUAUUACAGCUGAUAUGACAUAGAGAUGCUCUGAGUGGGUCUUUACUGUUGUGAAUGAUGUGAGAUGAUACUGUAAUGGAGGAAAAUCUGGUGGAAAAACUGCACUUGGAGGAUAUUCAAUGCCAAAACAUCACGCUUAAGUUAAAAGAAGAUGGGCCCUGAUUCGCUGGUCCACUAGGAUUUACCUCACGCAGGUAUUUCAAGAGGCGGGUUUACAAACUCACGGGUAUAUAAAUUAAAUAUUAAAUAUUUGAAAAGAAAGAACAAAAUCAACUCUAAACACGACAUAUUUCAGCAUUUAGUGUUUUUAAACACAAAGUAGAAGGAUGUAACUCUGCUUCUUGAUCUACUGCCGGGCCUUUUGAAAGUUGUUUGGAUAUUCUUCUUUUAGGCAACAACUCACACAACCAUGUCAUAGAGAAAAAAAAAAGAUAAAUAUGCUAUUAAUGUUUUCUUAUCUUUGUGUUACAGCGUUCUUACGUUUUUAAAAGUUUGUGUGUAUGGCAACGUUAUUAAAAGAAUCAAAAGAUGACGAUGUGUCUUUUGUUAUGUUUUUUUAUUUUUUAAACUACUUGAAAAAGUGUUGUAAUUACAUCUGUAUGAAGAAUGCCAAAUAAACACUGCAACAUGUACCAUAAA